GGCAAGCAACGUAACGAAACUCCAGCAAAGAUGGAUGUCCGGGAGGAGUUGAUUCGCCUCUACACCAGCUACAACCCCAAGCGCCUCAAGGACGUGGAUGCGCUGCUGGAGCGCUUCAAGGGGCGCGAGCACGUCAUCGUCGCAUCUCUCCGCGAAAGGUACACGAAGAGCGGUGCUGCUGAUGCUGGUGGUGCCAGGUCAGCAAAGGCGCCAUCCAUCACCAAUUCGUCGCUUCUCUUUAUGAACGCGUCAUCCGCAGCGGAGGACGUGCACGAGGUGUCCACGGCGUCGUCGGCCGGCGUCGCUAUCGUCGGACGCGCUCCGUCGACGCAUCGCGUGCCGGCGUUGAAGCCGGUGGCGCCCGCUGCACCGCUGACACGCUCGUUUUCUUUUACAUCUCGCAUGCCCCAUGACACGCCGUCCCCUCCACAACACAGACGCCACGCCGCCGACACUUCCGAUACGGAUGUAUCGAGGCUCACCGCGUCUGCCACGCAACCGCCGCCACCCCCACCACGACCGGCGUCUUCUGCAGCAUCGCCCUUUCUUCUCCCCGCCGUCGCGGCGACGCCUAACGAGCUCACGAGUCCGGCACGGCUGGACGAAAUGCGGACACUGAUCCGGCAGAUGACGUCGUUAGACGCGGGGAAGCUGGCGAUGCGCGUGGAGGAACUCACGCGGUCCUCUGCGCACGAAGACGACGACGACGGCGCACGUAUCCCACGGCUGCAGUGGCGACGUCGAGAUAACACACACAUCGACACGCCCGCUUCCUUCGCGAGGAAGACGCCUGACAACGUGUCAGCGGUGCUGCUGCACACGUCGGUGUAUGUCAAGUUCUUUGCGGAGUGCGCGCACCGAUACGUCGAGCUGGCGCAGGCGGAGCAAAGAUACUGGGAGGCGCAGCAGCGACAGAAACACGAACAACGAGAGGCGACUGACAGCAACGCAGCAGCGGCGACCGCUGGAAACGCCGCUACACCAAACAACGCGGACACGCACGACACGAGUGUGCGCAGGAAAGAUGUACCUCUGAUUUCCAGCUCGUUGCCCACCCACACCGCGGCCCUCCACUCGCCGAUGACGAGCAGCAGUCGUUCCAGCAACGGCAAUAACGACAACGUCGACGAAGCUGUGCCACAACAGCGAGCCUACGAAGCGACCCUCCGCCGUCCGACAAAUUCAUCGCCGCAUUCGGGACGUGUUGAAUCAACAACCGCAACUGCAGCGAAGGAUCGGCACGGCGCGUCCCCCUCGUCCCCCUCGCCUCCCUUCCUCUCUCCUUCUCCCCCUUCCACACAACACGGUGGGCGAUCAACGCCGUCCGCCGUGCGCAGCAUCCGCCGCGUGCGCAGCGCCUCGCCCCUCUCGACCGACGACGCCGGCAGCAGCAGCAACCACCCACCGGCGCGUCGCUCCACCACCGUCUCGCCGCUGACCUCUCCAGACGGCCCUCGCAGCAGCCCGGAGUGGCGACGGCGACAGGAGGACGACGGCGAUGACGACGACGUCUUUUCCCCCACAGACACACCGCAUCGCCGGCGGAGCCUGUCCCACACCCCACCCCCUGCGGCAUCAUCGAAGGAAGGUGCCCCACUACGACACGCGGACAUCUUCAGGGAGGAACUCUCUGCACCACCACCGCCGCCCGGGUCACCGCCGCCGCAGUUCUACGGACCGUUGACGACGAUGCCGGCAGUGGCGCACAGCCCGGCCAAGCGCGUGUUGCACUGGGCCCCCUCUGCGAGCCAAGGGAACCGCUACGGCCUGUCCUGCGCGACCUUGACGUCGGGCGACUGCGUUGUGUUGCAGCCAGGCGUGUACUACGAGAAUCUGCGCCUCGAGCAUUGCGGCACGGUCGAACUGACGAGCGCCUUCCCUGGCGCCGCCGUCGUGCUGCGGCCCUUCUCCGAUCUCGAGCCCGUCCUGACCGUGUCCGGCGCAGCGGCGCAGGUGAAGCUGACAGGGAUCGUACUUGUGCAGGGUGACAUGAUGAGCAGCAGCGAGGAGGAGGAGGAAGUGCAGCAGACGAGGCCUCCGCACCAUCAUUACCCUUCAAAUACGGGCGUGGACCACGGAAGACAACAACAAAGCGGAGAAAGGCACGGCCGGCCGGCGGUCCCGCUGCUGUCUGUGACGGACGGUGCGACGGUGACCGCUACGGCGAGUCACUUCUACGGCGGCACCGGCGGCGGCGUCGUCGCGGCCGGGCGGCACACGCGACUGCAACUCGACCUCUGCCUCAUCUCCCUCUGCCGCUUCGCCGGCGUCUACCUACACGGCGGCGCCACCGCGGACGUGACGCAGUCCAAGAUCAAGAAGAGCGAGGUGGGCCUGCGUGUGCUGCAGGGUUCCUUUUUUGUUAGCGAGACCGCGUUCGAGGACAACAGGUCCGACGGAGUCGUCGUGUACGAGGGAAGCAUCGGGGUGCUGGAGCGGUCGAACAUCUUCAGCAACGGCGGCAACGGCGUCUUUCUCGCCAGCGGGACGGAGCUACGUGUAGUGGCUUCGACGAUUGAGCUGAAUGCCCUGUACGGAGUGCAGCGCUCGCGGGGGUCGACGCUGCACGUGAAGACGUCCUUCGUCCGCGAUAACGGACUGCUGCCCAUCAACGAGGAACUCGAGUAA